GGCGGCCAUUUUGCCAUGGAUUGGCGGCGGGGCGGGGCCGCGGCGCUGCCCGCGGGAGCGGAGGAGGUGGAAGAGGAGGAAGAGGAGGAGGUGGAAGAGGAAGAAGAAGAGGAGGAGGAGGAGGAGAAGGGGGAGGAUGAGCCGCGGGCGUCCCCCCGCCUCCCGCUGCUGCUGACGACGGCGCUCGGUUCAGCCUGCUGCGGGCUCCGCGCCGCGCCACCGGCCAUGGUGCCCAGCGAGGAGAACCAGCUCGUCCCCAAAGAGGAUAUGUUUUGGAGUUGCAGACAGAGUAUCUUUGCUGAAAUGAAGAAGAAGUUUUCCCAGGCAGAAUGUGCUGCUGAGGAGCCCAGGGUGCUGUGUAUAAUACAGGACACCACGAAUUCCAAGACGGUGAAUGAGCGUGUUACCCUGAACCUGCCAGCUUCCACCCCGCUCAAACGGCUCUUUGAAGACGUGGCUGCCAAAGUGGGCUACGUCAAUGGCUCUUUUGAUUUGCUGUGGAGCAAUGGAGACAGUGUCACUGACACGCAGACUCCAAUAGAUCAGAACAGUGACAAAACCAUUCUUGAUGCUGGUUUUGAGCCAGGGAAGAAGAACUUUCUGCAUUUGACAGACAAGGAUGGUGAGCAGCCUCAUGUAAUGCAGGAGGAGUCAGGUACAACAGAGGAUGGUGCACAGGAGAGAUUUAUAGGUCCCCUUCCAAGAGAAGGCUCCAUUGGAUGUACCCAUGACUAUGUCAGUCAAAACUAUUCUUAUUCUUCAGUCCUGAGCAAAUCAGAAACAGGUUAUGUGGGGCUGGUAAAUCAAGCAAUGACUUGCUACUUGAACAGCCUUCUGCAAACACUUUUCAUGACUCCUGAAUUUAGAAAUGCAUUGUAUAAGUGGGAAUUUGAGGAAUCUGAAGAGGAUCCUGAGAGGAGUAUCCCCUACCAGCUUCAAAGACUGUUUGUUUUACUGCAGACCAGCAAAAAAAGGGCAAUUGAAACGACAGACGUUACACGGAGUUUUGGCUGGGACAGUAGCGAAGCAUGGCAGCAGCAUGAUGUGCAGGAGCUUUGUAGAGUCAUGUUUGAUGCUUUGGAGCAGAAAUGGAAGCAAACAGAGCAGGCUGAUCUUAUAAAUCAACUGUACCAAGGCAAGCUGAAGGACUAUGUGAGGUGCCUGGAGUGUGGCUAUGAAGGCUGGAGAAUUGACACGUACCUGGAUAUCCCUCUGGUCAUCCGGCCCUAUGGCUCCAGCCAGGCGUUUGCUAGCGUGGAAGAAGCGCUGCAUGCUUUCAUUCAGCCUGAGAUCCUUGAUGGCCCAAAUCAGUACUUUUGUGAGCGAUGUAAGAAGAAAUGUGAUGCAAGGAAGGGUCUGCGGUUCUUGCACUUUCCGUACCUGCUGACUUUACAGCUGAAGAGAUUUGACUUUGAUUACACCACAAUGCACAGAAUUAAACUCAAUGAUCGCAUGACUUUUCCAGAGGAGUUGGACAUGAGUGUCUUUAUUGAUGUUGAAGAUGAGAAGUCUCCUCAGACCGAGAGUUGCACUGAUAGUGGAGCUGAAAAUGAAGGCAGUUGUCACAGUGAUCAGAUGAGCAAUGAUUUUUCUAAUGAUGAUGGAGUUGAUGAAGGAAUCUGCCUUGAAAGCAAUAGUGCAGCAGAGAGGAUCUCUAAAACUGGCAGUGAAAAGAGUUCUUUGCUAUAUGAGCUCUUUUCUGUCAUGGUUCAUUCUGGAAGUGCUGCUGGUGGCCAUUAUUAUGCCUGUAUAAAAUCUUUUAGUGAUGAUCAGUGGUACAGCUUUAAUGAUCAGCACGUUAGCAAGAUAACUCAGGAAGAUAUUAAGAAAACAUAUGGAGGAUCUUCUGGAAGCAGAGGAUAUUAUUCCAGUGCUUUUGCUAGCUCCACAAAUGCUUACAUGCUGAUAUACAGACUGAAAGAUCCAACAAGAAAUGCAAAGUUUCUGGAGGCACAUGAAUAUCCAGAGCACAUUAAACAAUUGGUACAGAAAGAGAGAGAAUUAGAAGAACAAGAAAAGAGGCAACGUGAAAUUGAACGCAACACGUGCAAGUUGUGUAACCAGCUGAAAGGAAACCACCCCACAGCUGAAGCAGAGCUAAAGAUUAAAUUAUUCUGCAUGCAUCCUACAAAGCAAAUAAUGAUGGAGAACAAAUUGGAAGUUCAUAAGGACAGAACACUGAAGGAAGCUGUGGAAAUGGCUUACAAGUUAAUGGAUUUAGAAGAGGCUGUUCCAUUGAACUGCUGUCGCCUUGUCAAGUAUGAUGAGUUCCAUGACUACUUGGAGCGCUCUUACGAAGGAGAAGAGGAUACCCCAAUGGGUUUGUUACUUGGAGGGGUCAAGUCAACCUACAUGUUUGAUUUACUGUUGGAAACAAGAAGGCCUGACCAAAUUUUCCAGUGCUAUAAACCUGGUGAGGUCAUGGUAAAGGUUCAUGUAGUUGACCUGAAGACUGAAUCUGUUGCCCCUCCAAUAAGUGUGCGAGCUUAUUUGAAUCAAACAGUUUCAGAGUUUAAGCAGCUAAUUUCAAAGGCCACACACCUGCCCGCCGAAACCAUGCGGGUGGUGCUGGAGAGGUGCUACAAUGACCUGCGUCUGCUGAACAUGUCCAGCAAAACACUGAAAGCUGAAGGCUUUUUUAGAAGCAACAAGGUGUUUGUUGAAAGCUCAGAGUCUUUGGACCGUCAUGUGACAUACACAGACUCUCAGCUGUGGAAGCUUUUGGAUCGCCAUGCGAACACCAUCAGACUGUACGUGUCAUUGCCAGAGCAAGCUCCUGGAUCUCAGCUCAGACGGGCGCUUUAUCACAAGUCUGGUGGGGGUGCAGGCAAUGUGGAUGAACCUUGUGAGAGAGUAAAAGGACCUGUAGGUAAUAUGAAAUCUGUAGAGGCAAUUUUGGAAGAAAGUACCGAAAAACUUAAAAGCUUGUCCCUGCAGCAACAGCAGCAGCAGGAGGGAGAUAAUGGAGACAGCAGCAAAAGCACAGAAGCCAGUGAUUUUGAAAACAUUGAGUCACCUUUAAAUGAAAUAGACUCUUCAGCAUCAGCAGAAAACAGAGAACUUGACAACCAAAUUCAGGUUUCUGAUCCAGAGAAUCUGCAGUCCGAGGAGCGGUCAGACUCGGAUGUCAAUAAUGACAGGAGUACGAGUUCGGUGGACAGUGACAUCCUCAGCUCCAGCCACAGCAGCGACACUUUGUGCAACGUGGACAACGCCCCCCUUCCCCUGGCUAAUGGACUGGACUCUCACAGCAUCACGAGUAGCAGGCGAUCAAAAGCCAAUCAGGGCAAGAAGGAAACCUGGGACACAGCAGAAGAGGAUUCUGGAACAGACAGUGAAUAUGAUGAAAGUGGCAAGAGCAGAGGAGAAGCACAAUAUAUGUACUUUAAAUCAGAACCCUACACUACAGAGGAGGGUUCAGGAGAAGGGCAAAAAUGGCUGAUGGUGCAUGUUGACAAAAGAAUUACACUGUCUGCCUUCAAGCAACACUUGGAGCCUUUUGUUGGAGUUCCAUCUUCUCACUUCAAAGUCUUUAGAGUCUAUGCCAGCAAUCAAGAGUUUGAGAGUGUUCGGCUGAAUGAGACCCUUUCGUCAUUUUCUGAUGACAAUAAGAUAACUAUUAGACUAGGAAGAGCCCUUAAGAAGGGUGAAUACAGAGUUAAAGUCUAUCAACUCUUGGUAAAUGAGCCUGAGCCCUGCAAGUUUCUUCUAGAUGCAGUUUUUGCUAAAGGAAUGACUGUCCGACAGUCCAAAGAGGAGCUGCUUCCUCAGCUUCAAGAACAAUGUGGCCUAGACUUGACAAUUGACAGGUUUCGCCUACGAAAGAAAACCUGGAAGAAUCCAGGUACUGUGUUUCUGGAUUAUCAUAUCUAUGAAGAAGAUAUCAAUAUUUCCAGCAACUGGGAGGUCUUCUUAGAAAUACUUGAUGGAGUAGAAAAGAUGAAAUCCAUGUCACAACUUGCUGUUUUAUCAAGACGAUGGAGGCCGUCAGAGAUGAAAUUAGAUUCUUUCCAGGAAGUAGUACUAGAAAGCAGCAGUGUCGAAGAAUUAAAAGAGAAGCUAAGUGAAAUAAGUGGAAUACCCUUAGAAAACAUUGAAUUUGCAAAGGGUAGAGGAACCUUUCCCUGCGACAUUUCCAUCCUAGAGAUUCAUCAAGACUUGGACUGGAAUCCAAAAGUAUCCACAUUGAAUGUCUGGCCCCUGUACAUUUGUGAUGAUGGUGCAGUAAUAUUUUAUAGGGAUAAAACUGAAGAAUUAAUGGAAUUAACAGAUGAGCAAAGAAAUGAACUGAUGAAAAAAGAAAGCAGCAGACUCCAGAAAACUGGACACCGGGUAACCUACUCUCCCCGUAAAGAAAAAGCACUAAAAAUUUAUCUGGAUGGAGCACCAAAUAAAGAUUUGACUCAAGACUGAUACUUGCUAUAGCAUUUUCCCUGGGGAAUUUUUUUUGUUUCCAAUCAAAAGGUUCACUACUACUGUGUAGUGCCAUUACGGCAGGACAUUCAUUAGGUGUAAAGCGCUGACACCAGCAGAGCCGGGCGGUGCCGGCCGCAGGCAGGGCCCCCUGGGCACUGUGGGACUUGGAAUCAUGUUGUGCACUAUAGUCAAAUGUACUGUAAAGCUAAAAGGGAUGUGCAAAUAAAAGAUUAGAACUCAAAAGUGGGCGGGGAGGGAAACGAGUGGAAAUUGUUGAGGACAGUGUGCACAUAGUAGCUAGUGAAACUAGCCUCCAACAGGAUACUCAUAGCUUAAUAAUAAAAGCUGUGCAAAGGCCAUGAAAGAAUCCUUUUCUCUGUUUGUUUCACUGAUACACGCAUUACCUCAUCAGAGACUCUGGAGUAAAUGUUAACACAUUGGUUCUAGGAAAGCAGCAGGGAAGGGCCAGGCAUGGGAAUGCUGCAAGUGUCAGGUUUUAGAAUAUUCUUCCAUAAAACAGGGGGUCUGAGAGAUGUCUGCAGGAAGCUGCUGGCAGGCCUUGUUUGUUUGCAGAAGUGCUGUUGUAAGGUAAAGUGGUUUUUAAUAGGUUACCAAUGAGCAACUCUAGUGUAUUGCGUUCAAUGUGUAAAUAAAAUCUGCCCUAUCCAUUUACCGAAACUGCAGUUCAGCUAUUUACCAUGCUAUUCUUUACACAUAUCAACAUUCAUUGUGUACAUUUGGAAGUAUAGUUGCCUAUUUAAAUUUGUAUUCAUUUUAUGUUUGAGGAUGCUGGGUACUUUAGGGUUAAUGAAGUUUUUGUUCUGUUCUGCUACUUUUUGUACAUUUUGUUUUUAAGACUAUUACAAGUUUGCAUCUUCUCCACUUGCUGAAAGUCAGUUUAUUUUUUCCCAGAGUUGAUUCCAUAGCUAUAUGUAGUCAAAUAUUGGGGCAACCUCUUAACACCUCAAUGUACGAACUCAGUAGUUCAGGCUGUGGUGCAGAGACUGAUGCAGUCAACAUGAUUUCAUUGCAAAGCCUAGGAACAGCAAUUUUUUGCUUUGGUCCAUAAAGAUCAAUAGAGAACAAUUCUCCAUAGGUUUUGGGAAAGCCACCUAAUUUAUAACAAUCAAAAGAUUUUGGUAAACUUUUUCAUGCCAGAUGCUGUUUACAACAAUGAACAUGCCAAUAAAACAUUUGUUCAUUC